AUGGCGUCGAAGACGAGGCAAACCAAAAAGGGGAAGCCGACCGCCGCGGUGCCUUCCGCAUCGGUGGAUGUGGGCACUGCUCUUGCUGGCCACCCGACUUGCGAAGCAUUGCUUGAAGCUGCGUCCGUCAUCAAGCUUGAGGAGUUUGCAAGUGAUGCCGUGGACCAGGGCGGCAUUAGGGCCUUCGACCUGACGGAGUACCGGGCCACGAUGAAGAGAGAUGGCGAGUACACCUGCACCACGUGCAUCAAUCGCUUCCCGCUCCUGGGAUUCGCUCACAAAACCAUCGCCCCGAAUCGAGGCAGGUCUGAACUGAAACCGUUUGCACGAUGUUGCUCGGUCAUGGGCACCGUGAUGUGCCAGUGUGACACUGUGACAGGAUCCGUCAAGAUCGCUGAGGAUCGACACUUCAGGUCUGAGGGCGGCGAGGUGAGCUGCAUCAGGGGAUGGGCUGAUGUCAUCGAGGUGAGGGCCGCCUCUUUCAACGAUCCGCCCGGUGAGUACGAGGUUUGCAAUGGUGAUGCUUACCGCCAGAAGCCCAGUGUCGCGUUCAUCCUGUCCUGGGCAAAAGCCGUGACGGAAAAGUCGGCGGCGCACAAAGACUUUGCCCAUUUGGUGAAGUUUGUUUACUUGCCGGAGGUGGAACAAUUCGAGCGGCACAAGUGGAUCUGCGCCGAAAUCACAGGUGAUGCGGCUGAGUCGUUGACGCUGCAAGGGUGGCGGAAGAUUUGUGGUUUGGCUUUGGUGGAGAACCUGUUGAGGACUAUGAACCGUCCUUGCGAUGCAACGGCUUUGGAGAAGUGGUUCGGGAACAAAGUCAAGGGCAUGACCGCCAAAACGAUAGCGAAGAAUCUCCGCAUCCACAAACGGGUCACCGCCUGCAACGGAGCUUCCGAGAUCAUCAGGGAGCUCGACGACUUCUGCAAAGGUCGCCAUGCCCUUGCUACAACGCAGGGCCUCGACAUUCUGUGCAGCAAAACGAAUAUUCAAAACAAUCCGUCAGUCUCCUCCCAGCUCUUGCUAUGGUGUCUCGAACAGUUUUGGCUGGAGGUCCGCGAAGACCGCUUGGAGUCGGAGCCAACCAAGGACACCAUGACUUGCUUCGUCAAUCGAGCGCUUCUGAAGCGCCGUGUCUUGACUUACUGCUGCAACAAGUUUCGUCCUCAGGCCAAGCCUGUUCAGGUUGAGGGUCAUGCAGAAGGGAGCGCUUCGAAAGAGACGUGGCCAAGUCUUUCCGACCUUUUCGGUUCCAUGAAGAAGUUCAAGGCCUCUGGGCUGGAGAUUGGGUCCACGACAAAGAUGAGCUGGGAUUACUUGUCGGAUGUGGUGGAUUUCAACGUCUCGCUCAUCAGAGGGGCCUGUGACAAGGCCAUCAACACGGUCCUUGUCGAACAAGGGCCCAUGGUCUCUGCGGAGGUGUUCCUGCGGUCCCCACCUUUCGUGAAGACUGGAGUGUGGGAUGUGGAGGCAACCUUGCGCUUGAAAGAUGAACUGGAGAGGCCAGCCGUCUCAGAGCCGGAGCCCGCAGAACCGGUGCCUGAACAGCCCAAGGAGCCGGAUACAAAGCCGGUUGAGGAGCCCGAGGUUGCGAUGCUGGACACUCACGACGACCACGAGGAGCCAGCUAAGAUGGAUCGAUGUGGCUUGUUCGACGGUGCCGUGAUUCCCCAGUUCUUGAAGGAUGUCUUUGCCAGAAUUGAGGACGAUGCCAAGUUCGAAAGAAUGAAUACUUUCAUGGAGAUAUUGGUGGCUCCGACAACAGCACCGAACUGGCGCAUCGCUUUGGAAAAGGUCGUUCAGGAGCAUGACAACAUGAAUCAAAUGUUCGUGUAUGAUGUGAAACGGGAGACCAAGCCGGUGACAAAGGAUGCCAUCCAGACACCCUUCAGGCGAAUGCCGACCCUGGAGGGCAGCACGUUCAAGCAUGUCCUCGCAGCCCUGUCCCUUGGCCGCGGUCUGGUGCUGUGCGUCGGCCUUGCUUGCUUCGAUCAGCAGAAGCCCCUGCUGAAGGAGACUUCAGCUGUCAUCGUUCUCGAUGGCAGGCGGCAAGCCAACACACAGUGCAUCACCUCAGAUUUGGCCAAGUAUGUCAAAAAAUGCCCGGGCCUCUAUCCGAAGGCCAGCGCUUGGGUCUCCAUCCGCUGCAUGUACCACUGCCGGGAAUUUGACGCAGGUGGCGCCCUGUGUAUGACACGACGUGGUCUUUCAAGUACGGCUCCCGACCCUCUGGAAAACAUGCUUGUCGUCUUGCCGAAGAAAUACAAGCCCGACUGUCGAGCCAUCCAUGCCUACAACUGCGACUCCUACAGCCGCGGUUGGUUUGGUUUGGGGAUGAAGGACAAGAGUGGUUUUGAUUUGACGACCUUGCCUGAGGUCGAUGCGAAUCUCAUCCAUGGAGGGUUGAAAGACGAGGUUAAAGCUGCUGCUGUGCAAGGCCAGCAGGAGCAGGGCAAGCCUGAGCAAGGUCAGUCUGGAGACUCAACGGCUGUCAAUGACGACUACGAGGAUGAGGAGGAAGCCGAGCAGGCCCCGAGUUCAGGGCCAGGGACCAUGUCGCCGUCCCAUCACCUCCUGUGGGCCUGGGAGGGACCAGCGGAGUUUUACAAUGCGAUGACUGACGCUUUCGUUCUGGGUGCCCCAACCGAUGCCAUCCUCGUCGAUAUUACCCCCGGAUCCGGCAUCGCAGCCGUAGUGGCGUGCAAAAAAAAAAUGACAUACGUGGCAUUCGCAGCAAACGAAGUGCACGCAAGGUUCAUUCGCUCCACAGUCCUGGCCAAGAUCGUGGGGGAAACCAUCCUCGGCGAUGCCAGCUGGUCCCGCAAAAGAGUCUUGAGCAGGGAAGAGUCCCUGACGGGUACGUCGUCCACGCGCUCACCUGGUCCUUCGUUGUCCGUGCACUCACCUACAGCUCCUUCGCCAUCACCGAAGAAGGCCAAGAUUGUUUGUGAGAAGAGCUCGUCCUCCUCCAGCAGCUCGUCGUAG